AUGACGAAAGAGACGAUGCCGCCCAUCCCGACUGAUCCAUAUACCAGUCGGUUCCUACCACUCCGAGAAUGGUUGGAUCAAAUGCCCCAUAUCCGAGAAUGGUUCCGACAAGAAGAUGAAUAUGGGAUAUCCAAUAGAACCAAGAUGGAGAUUCAAGCAUGUAGAAGAGCAGGGAGAGGUACUUCGGAGAGAUGGUCGGACAAGGAACUGGAUGAUCAUACAGUUAUGGAAGCUCUCUAUGAGUUCAAAUUGGGAUGUCCACGCGGUUCAACCUUACCUAUAGCUCAAAGAGAUAACACUUUUGGUUUUUCAUGGAUAGCUUGGAAUCAUGCCUCUCGAACAGCCGGAGCAAGGAGACGACCAUUCUCACUUAAAGAAUGCAUCUUCGUGGUAGAUUCAUGUAUAGAGUACUGGCAUAGUCAGAUUAUCGAAUGGAGGGAUCAUCCGGAGAUAUUCACAGAUCAUAUCAAGGAGUUCUGUCAGGAUAUUCUCGACGCAUGUCUCUUAUCGGAAGAUCUCCUUGAGGUAUUGGAUCCACACACGAUGUUGCUCAACCGUAGAGUCCGAGAUGUUUUCGAAGGUUAUGUCUACUGGAUCAAGGUUAGAAAGACCUUAGAUAGACUGGUGGAAUUAGGCUUGGAAGAUGGUGGUAAGAAAGCUACAGUACAGGUUCUUACACGUGGACGGAUCCAGGAUGAAUAUACGAAAUUACAGAUGAUCAUCACUCAUCUUCAGAAGAUGAGCCGGAAAGCUCUUCAGAUGGACUUUGCAAUGGGAAGAGGUAGGAUAUACAUCGAACCAUAUAGCAGAACCUCUUUCUUGACGAGAUACGAUGAAUACGACCACGACGGUUUGUUCUGCCUUAGUCGAUCGAUUGAACACCUCAGGAAAACGUCCUAUGUGGACUAUCUCUUAGCAGGUCUGAGCGGACUUUAUGGACGAGAGGAUAAAACCAAAUGGGGAUUUUGGCAUUUCAUGCUGGAAUACGAGCAAGAACUGCCCAAGCAUCCAGAAUGGCCAAAGAUGUUAGGUAAUCACACUCAAAGAUUGCUAGGGGAAGCUUCAAUGAUCUCCGAUGCUAUUGAGGUAACCGCAUGGAUAACCAAAGAAGGUGAUUUCGUCAAGAAAUCAGAAGAUAUCCACUGGUACACCGAAAUGAAACCGCAAAUAGAUAUCAUCUACAAGAUUUUCGCUUAUCGUACUCCCGCAAUCAAAGAGCUGAAAUACAACUAUCUGUUGCAAGAUGAUAUCGGUGAAAGGUUGAUGAAACAAUGGUACCAGUAUUCGAAGAUGGUAUAUAACAAGGAUUUAGAUGAGUUAUUCAAUCUCAAUGACAGGGUUGCCAGAUGGAUUCCGACUGGACCUGAUACAAGUCUGGAGAGUGGAAUGUCGGAGAUGAAGCUUGGUGAAAAUAGGAAAAGAUUCGCUCAAUCAGGUCAUUCAUACCUCAAACUCAAUUCCGAUUCGCCAUCUCAGAAAGUCAAGACGAGACCGGACCGUUCGAUGGAGAUGACAGUUGCGAACAUACAAGAUCCAAAUUCACCAGCAGAUAAUUUUCACACGAGACACGAAACGAAUGACGGCCCAAGCAUCAUCUUCAAGAUAAACAACAAACAGAUGAAAUUGGUUCGAAGAUUGUUCAGUACAGCUUCGGAAGUCGAAGGGCAAGGUCAAGUGAGAUGGGAUGACAUUUAUAAACUCAUGAAGCGUAUUGGAUUCAGGGUAGAAGAUGUUGGCGGAUCGAUUAUUCGGUUCGUCCCACCCAACAACGCCGGAAUACCAUUCAACGAGCAUCGCCCUCACCCUGAGGUCUCCUUGAACGCUAUUAGGUAUAGAGCAUUUGGGGAAAGAUUGAACAAGAGAUACGGAUGGUCCAUUGAUUGGUUCGAACGAGUAUCACAGGAAGGAUGA